CUUUCUUUUUCCUCUUUUGUCUUCCCUCUCAUUCUUAUUCUUAUUCUUAUUCUCAUUCUAAUAACUUUUUAUUCAUUCACAUUCAGUCAUCAAUGCAUAUGCACAAACACUUCUGUGGAAUGUAAAACAACCAAAGCAACCACGACCAUUGUUUAUAAGCUAGAAUUAUUAUUUAUUCUUCAACGCUUAAUCGUUUUCUUCAAUAUUAUGGACUCUUAUCCAAUGCAAUCAUAUCAGUAUCAGAAUCGAUACACCAGUAAGCCUCAAACCAUGGAUGCUUUAUCUGGGCCUGUAGCUAUACAUCAUCCUGUACCGCCGCAACCCGCAGCGAUGCCAUAUCGCCUUUCUCAAUCAAUACACAAUUCGCAAUCGUACUCAAUGGAAAUGGCAACGACCACAACAACAACAACAACAACAACAACAAACACGCCUUUGGUUCAUCCAUCACCUUCAAAGCCAUUAAGAUCAAUAUCAAGAUCAUUAGAAUUAUCACCCAUCUCUGCAUCAUCAGUAUUACCAUCAACAAUUUCUUCUGCUUCUUCUCCUAGUUCAUCUUUUAUUGCUUCGCCUGAUGUAACUGCAUCUUUGCCACCAUCGCAAUCAAAACAACAUCCCUAUUUUUCUCCUUCUGCUUCUUCUUCCCCUAAUCUUAACAGUUCGCUUCAAUAUCAUCCUUAUCCUCAUCCUCAUUCUCAGUCUCAUGCUUCUUUGCGCAGUAAUACAAUGCACAGUCAAGGGCACAACUCAACUUCAGACUUCAUCGCUAAGAACACAUCAUCAACACAAGUCGAUACUUCUACUGCAAUUGCGACCAUAGUUGAGACAUCUACUACUGCAAGCGCAAGCGCAACCGCAGCUGUAACUACAGCUUCCGACCUUGUCCACCAACAUUGUUUAUUGUUCCCAACCUAUGCAACACGGCAUUCUCAUUCAGGCUCUAAAGACCCUCUCGACUGGAACAUCCGAGUCUGUGGGUGGGCUUUUUCAAAAAAAUCUAAUCGUCGGAAACGGCUUGUCAUGAGCAUGGCUCGAAAGAUUGCAGGUGUAACAAAGGAUAAUGAUGUCAAAGUCUACAAUAUCCUCGAGUCACGCUUCGGGAUGUUUCUUGCGAGUAACACUCAGAAUGUCCAGUUUUCAGUCCAAUGUGUCGGACUCGCAUCAAUUGAAAAUAUGGAGCUGGCAGGCGACACUACGAGCGAUGAACCUAGUGUCGACGCUCUCAUGGAUGAUCUUCGCUCUUCUGCAAGUAUCGUCGCAGAAGCAGAUGUAAUGCAACAUAAAGAAUCGCCCAGAAAGUCGCUGGAGCAGGAAUUGGAAGGAGAUGACCUUAUGGGGAAGACAGAGCCAGAGAUACAGCGGGAGCAACAAGAGGAACAACAACAAGAUCAACAGCAAAAUAAGCAACAAGAUCAACAACAGGAUCAGCAACAGGAUCAGCAACAGGAUCAGCAACAGGAUCAACAACAGGAUCAGCAACGGGAUCAACAACAGGAGCAACAACAGGAGCAACAGAAAUCCCAUACAAAACAGAUUUUGCAGCAGCAAUCAUUCACAUCAGGUUCAAAGCGAGCAGAUACAGGACAAGGAGGUGAAGAAUAUGAUGAGUCCUAUUUGCUAAAUAUCGACCAAAAUGGCGUGCCUAUACAGACUGCACAAUCCCCCCACAUGCACGUAUCUGAGAGCGACCCUAACAGUCCUUCCACCAGACAAUUGAACAGAGGAACAGGCUUUUGGAAAGACGCAAUCAGAUGGGUCAGAUCUUCUACAAUGUUUCAGAAUAAUAGCAAUACUCUAGUGGAUUCGUCCAAAUCAACUCCGCCGUUAGACAGCAGUAGCGCCUCAGUGCAGUCGACGGAUGAAUACAACGCUAAAAUGUCCAAGGACACUCAACGAAUGAAUUCAAAUGAUAGUGCAUGUGCAAAGACAGACCGCAUGGAUCUAGGAAUUGGCGAGUUUCCAACUAUCCAAGUAUCAUCUCGUCCGGGGGGCCACUUCGAUGGUAAUAUCCGGAUUAGUCAUGAAGAAAUAGAGGAGUAUCGGAAGAGUGAAAAGAAGAGUAAAGAUGGUUCUAGUCGGGGUAGUGGUAUCGAGGACGGCAAUGGCCACCCACGUUUCCUCAAGCUAUACGCAUUUAAUGAGAAUAUGCCUACACCAAGCCAUGGCAAUGUAAACUUAAUUGAUCCGGAAGGGAUCUCCAUUAUCUCAGACAUUGACGACACAAUCAAAGAGACCAACGUGACUGCAGGCGCCAGGAUUAUCUUACGGAACACGUUUUUGAGAGAGAUGCAAGAAGUUAAGGGCAUGGCAGAUGUGUAUAGGGAAUGGUGGGAUCAAGGAGCAGCCAUGCACUAUGUAUCCAACUCUCCAUGGCAAUUGAUUCCUAGUUUGUUGGAGUUCUUUCAUACACACAAGUUCCCGCCUGGCUCCGCUCACUUGAGAUUGCAUGAUAAUGUGAUCAAGACAUACUUUCAGGGCCCUACACAGAAUAAACUUUUAGCCAUCCAAAGGAUCUUGAAAGAUUUCCCAGACAGAAAGUUUAUUCUCGUGGGUGAUAGUGGUGAAAUGGAUUUGGAAAUUUACACGGAAAUGGCUAAAAACAAUCCGGGUCAGAUCUUUAGGAUCUUCAUCCGUGAUAUCACAACUAAACGGCUUCAGGAUAAUAUUCCAAAGACGUCCCAUCCAGUUCCAUCUCGUUCAUUAUCGACAUUGCUCACGCCUAAGGCCGCAAUUGGCCCAGUGAUAGGGUUUUUCAAUCGACGUGGAGAUAGCGCCAAUAUCCUUGGAAGCAGUAGUAACAACUCGUCUUCUGUUCCCUUGCCACAAUCUUCGUCAAGCAUGGGUGCUGCUGAUCAAGAAGGUGGAGAAAAAAAUACUGUAAAUCAUGAAAGUGGCGGAGGUACCCUUGAUGUUGCUGCAUUGAUGGGGAUGGAGAUUGUCAGGACUUCAUCUCCUGCUGCAAUGUCUGAUGAUGAAAUUAUAGAUAUAAAGGGUAAAGCUCAGCAUGAAGGAGCUCUUGUUGGCGGCGGCGGUAGUCGAGGAAGUGGUAGUGGCAUACCCUUCUCUCUAAAAUCGGAGUCCAAUAGUCCCAUGGCGGCAUCUACGAUCAUACCUCUCUCAAGCUCACAGAGCUCUCCAUCCAAGAUAGGUCCUAAACAAAUUACCCAGGGUGUUAAAGCCAUCACGAACUCGCUUCUGAAGCCAGCGUUCAGACGGUCUACCCCCGAUGUCAACAUCAUUGAUGAUGGCAACCACAUCCACAGUUAUGGGCAUGUGCAAGGAGAUUUUAAGGAUAUAACUACUGCCACUCAUGGAAGGAACAUGAAAAAGAGCUCUCUCGGAGGCCUUUCUCAGAGUUUGCCACUUGGAUUAUCAGAAGAUGGAGAAAUGAAUACUGGCAGCAAUGGGUAUCCUUUCCCACAAACAGGAGGGGGGGCAAUAUCGACUGAGUCUCUUGUCGCUACAGCUCCAUCCCAGAAGUAUACCAGAGGCAAUGAAGGCAAUAGCAGCAGCAAAAGUAGUCGUUACCAUAUUCAUAAUCCAUGUAGUAAUGCUUUUGUGGAUAAUCGCAACCGCCGACAUCAGCAACAACAACUAAAGGCUGGAAAAGAGGGACGCCCUCGCUCCAAGACAACAGCAGCAGCAUCAUCUAACCGAGAGACGCCAUUAACAGCAGUAGCUUUGACAGAACAUCAUGUGCCUGCUCGUUCUUUGUCUGUUUCACCGAGGUUUGGACUCCGAAAGUCUGGAAGAACUGCUAAGGCUAUCAACGGGAGCGAGGCGGGACCUAGUGAUAUCAACGGUCAAAUUUCUAUCCCAAGUGCUCUUACCAAUGCAACAAAACCAACAUCUGCAAUGAACAGUUCCAUCGCGACAACUCUGGAUAUGAAUGUAGGAUUGAGCGGCAAUGGGUUAAGCUCUGGCACUAGUACUCUUAGCACUCCAAUAGCAUCAUCUUCUACAUCCUCAUCCUCAUCAACCAUCAAGAGCCCUCUUGAGAUAUGGCUAGAGCGUGUGGAACAGUGUAAAAACCAGUUGCCGGAAGGCGUACUACUAACAUUGUUUGAGUCUGCAGAGGAGCUGAGGGAAUGUCCGAUUGUGCGCAAAAUGUUUAAGAAGUAUGAAGAGGGCAAUGUGACCAAAGAACAGCAGCCGCAGAAGAAAGAUGAGGAUGGUUUGGUGAAGAGUGAGGAAGAGAACGAGGAAGAGGAGAGCGAUGAGAAAACCCCAACAAUUCAUUCGACGACUAUGACCAUAGAGUCUGUAUCGAGCAACAGUCAAUGCGAGUCGAUUUCAAGCGUUAACAGUCCAAUUUGAACUGCAAUGGGGAACUAUGAGCAUGCACAUGGACAGUGGAAUAGACUAGAGAAGAUUAGUUGAAAUGUUUUUGUAGUAAGU